GCGCUCCCGCCUACCCUCUGGUCCGGGCCGCUCUCCAGGGCGUCUGUAAACACAGCCAGAGCCUGUCAUGGAGGGGGAGGAGGAGGCGGUGGCGGCGAAGGGAGGCGUUCUGGGCCGCCUCCAGGGUCCGCUCUGCCAUUCCUGAACUGGUCCCUCAUUCCCGUGACUGUGGCAUCAGGGAAGGGAACUGUUAGGCAAGAGAAGGGGGCAGUCAGAACCAUAUCCCCUUCUUCCCCCGGGGCGGGGCCGGGCCGGGCCAGACCGGCUGAGCAGAGGGAGGGUCGGGGGAGGGAGCGCCCGACCGGGCCGGCCUGUCUGCCGAGAUGGAUGACAGUAAGGUGGUUGGAGGCAAAGUGAAGAAGCCUGGCAAACGCGGUCGAAAGCCAGCCAAAAUCGACUUGAAGGCCAAACUCGAGAGGAGCCGACAGAGUGCAAGAGAGUGUCGGGCCAGGAAAAAACUGAGGUACCAGUAUUUGGAAGAGUUGGUAUCCAGUCGGGAAAGAGCCAUUUGUGCCCUCAGAGAGGAACUGGAAAUGUACAAGCAGUGGUGCAUGGCAAUGGACCAAGGAAAAAUCCCUUCUGAAAUAAAGGCCCUACUCACUGGAGAAGAGCAGAGCAAAUCUCAGCAGAACUCAAACAGGCACAUGAAAGCUGGGAAGACAGAAGCUAACAGCAAUUCCUGGUGAAGAUCAUAUAAAAUGAUGAGUUGGUGGUUGAAGCCAAUAUUCUGAUUCCUAAGGAGGAUGGAUGGGCAAGAUUACUCCUUGGCUCCAUUUACUACCUACUGCCUAGUCAUCUCUGUAAAUCUGCAGUUUCUACCAAAAUGUGCGAUCAUAGAUCUCAAAGGAUUUUGCUUUAAUCUUCAACACUUAAAAAUUUACAAACAUUCAGACCUGUUCUUGCUGGUAUUGCCACCCAUGGCAUUUAACAUGUUGCAAUGCUUGAAAGCACAGGAGUAGAGAGAAUGGGUGAAGAUUGUAUUUUUGCACCUCAACUCCACAUUGCUUUAUUGGUUAAUUUAUAUUCUUUCCAUGUAAUUCAUGUAAUUGUAUGUGUGUUUAGGUGUCACCUCCUUUCAUGUUUUUGAUUCCCCUACAAAGAGAAACCAAAUGGGCUGAUUACUGACUGUAAGUUCUUAGCCUUUAUGGACCUAAUCUUAUUUCUUAAUAUUUACUUGAGUAAUGUUUAUUUUCUGCAUAACCAUGAUUUCUCCUGUGAGCCAUUCCAGCAUAAGCUGUGAAUAUGUAUUAACAAAUAUAUACAUUUCUAUUUUUAUAAUCCAUAAUGAUAUGCCUAUUUUAAAUAAUGUACACUUUAACCAAAUCCAUCAAGAAAGCCCUUAAGAUAGCCUCUAUUUAAAACUUUUUUUGCUGUCUUCUAAAACUGUAUUUUUAAAAGUUUGCUAGGGCCUAAUCCAUACUUGGAGAAUCAUUAAUCAAACUUUAUUUUUAAACAAGAAGUAACCUGUUAGGCAUUUCAGCAGCAUACAUCAUCUUGACAACCCAGAGUACAAAUAUAUGUAUGUGUUUCUAUUGUAUGUCUAUAUAUAUGUGUGUAUGGGGAGGGCCGGAGUGAAUAUUCACACACAUUUCAUUGUGUGGUCAACUAACUUGGAGAAUUUUUCUAAAGAAAAUAGGAUGAAAUUAGCUGCUGAGAUGGAGUUUCUGCCUCAAGAGAUCUGGAACGAAAUGAGGGACAGAUUGCUGGUAGAUCUAAUGGCUAUAGCCAUAACCACCGGAACACUUCGUUUCUUCCCUGACUUGAGUUUCCUGAUGAAUGUAUUCUGAGCCAGAAAGAAACACACUGUGGGUGUGCGUUGGGUUCAGCCCUGGCUGUGCCUUCUCUCUGGAGUGAAGCACUGGAGCCAGAGGCCACACAGCACCGCCCCUUGUGGGCCUGGCAGGAGUGGCAAAGGGCAGAGUUCUCUCUAGCUCCCAUCACAGCUGCUUUUGCUUUCUUCCUGGCUGCCAAAUGGAGUGAUGGCUGAGGAUCCACGCUCAUAAUAUGAUACACUCAGACCUGGGAAUCUUUCGAUUUCCCCAUUGAGACACUUUAUCACUCUUUUCUCUUUCCCAUAGUUGAAUCAGGAGUUGUGUUCUCUGUUGCUGCUAAAUUAUAAUUUCCCUUUGUGCUAAUGAAGCAAACAUUUGGCUUCCAAACAAAAUAUUUUGUGUUAUGAAAUAGCAGUUUAAGAGGAGGCAUCAUAGUCUAGAUUGUCUAUGAGGUGGAACAGGAGAUGGACCACGUAGUUUCAGGUGACAGGGUACUUCCCCUUCUUCUUAGGCCAUGUGUUAGAAUUAAGUGCCUCCCCUUAGCCUGAGUUCCUAAAGAUCUGUUGUGCUUGGGUCACAGAUUCAGAUCUUUAGUCUAGUUUUGCGUGACGACUGAUAAACCACUAGCCCAGUCUGUUGGGUCUCUCUGUGUUUUGGAGGACUGGGGGUUUAAGGGUAUUUAAUGUGUUUUUACAGUCACAAAUGUAGAUAGGUUAAAGAUUGUUAAUAUUCAGGCCUUCAGAAUUUAAGUGUUUUAGAUAUAAUGUCCAGAUUUUAAUGGGUAUGUUUUUGCCAUCUGGUCUACUCAAAUGUAUAUUUUUAUUUUGCAAAACAACCCAAGACUUACUCUGUGUUGCUUUGUUCAGUAUCUUUUGAAUUCCUCAGAAGAGUUGUUUUCAAAGCAAACAUUCCAAAUGAAUGUGGCUCUUCAAUGGAAUGUCUCAUUGUGCUUGAAGUGUUUCUUCUUUGGUUGUGAUUUCAAAUUACAGGCUCAUUUGAGCUACUCCCCCACCCCCACCCCCUGCCCAGUACCUUUAUAAAAGCAGCGACUUUAUCCUCAGGUAGAGAAUGUGUAAUUUUAGAUGGAAGUAAAUUACAAUUUAUUUGAGUUUAUUCCUGAACCUAUCUAUUUGGUAUUUGGAGUAGAUGAGACCAAGAGAAAGUUCCUUGGUCUUAAAAAGGAAUGUUAAGAUUGCUUUAGGUAUUGUGCUAGCUGCACGCUUUGGCCACUUGAAGCAUGUUAAUAAACAUCACUGAUGAAAACAGCUUGAGCAUUUCUUCCCCCAUUCCAGUGACAGGGCAUCACACUGAAAUCCUAGCAUCUCUCACUUACCUAUAAGGACAACACAGCUGAGAGAGGACACAGGAGGAUGGGAGAGUCAGUGAGCUCAGUGCCCCUGGCCCUGUUCUGCUGUUCUCCUUGCUCUCUGAGUAGACAGAGUAAUGUUUCCUUUUUUUUUUUUUUCUUUUUUUCCAAAGAAAGGAAAAUAACGGGGGAAAUAUAUUUAUGUAUUUAGACCAAUCAUAUUCUGUCAUUAAUUUAGCAUAGACCUGCUGUAAAUUAGAGCAACUGAGUAUAAUAUGGAAUAAGUUUGACUAGGUCAAGUUUUAGUUGAAGUUCUUAAAAAUUUUUGUCUCUUUUAUCUGAAAUCUAAUAUAUCUAAAUCAGAAUCUGUCUCGCUGCAGCAAAUUCAUGUCACUGUUUACCAGCUAAUUGACAGUAUUUAUCAGCAUCACCAUUUAGCAUUUUAUAUUGUCAUCUUUGAAUUGUGAUAGGCUUGAUUUGGCUCAUUAAAAAAAGCAUAGGUUUAAACUGAACUUUUAGUUAAAAUAAAAGCAAAUAAAAUUUAAAAACAAAUGUGACAUUUCAUUAUAAGUCACUUGCAUAUUAUCAAUUACAUUUUUAGUUUUAAAAGGGGGAAAUUACUACUAGACCACAUGGUAUUUGGGGACAUUGAAGGAAUUUUUCUUUCUCUGAAGAGCCUUGUACAAUUAUAUUUUUAUGAAAAAUAAAAUAUCUUCACCAGAGA